AUGAUAGCCAAGCACGAGAAACUUAUCCUAAUGGCAGCAACAUUGCCAGUGACAGCGAAUGUGGUGACUGGUGUGUGUGUGUGUGUUUCUCGUGAUCCUGAAUCAGAAGCAAAGACAGUUUCCCCUGUUCAACUGGUGAGAAAACUGGCUAGAAGGAAGUUCAAUGUUCUGUGUGAAGCAAUUAUGUUACCAGAACCAAAGAAUAAAUCGUGCUUUCGCAGUUUCUUCAUUAUAUUUUCUCUGAUUUGUGGGGCUUAUUUUGUUGGAAACGCCUUAAUUGCAACAGAAUACAAGGCAAGAUUAGUGAUCGGCACAAAGAAGAAUAUAAAAUCCACUACGUGCAAGGGUCAAAGCAGGCUGUACGGAAGCAAAGCAUUGCCCGAAGGAAUAAUUGUCAAACAAUCUAACUUGGAAAUGCAAUCGUUGUGGAACCUUAAGGAAAAUAAGAGACAUUCCAAGCCUCCAUUGAACUUGUUGGCUAUGGCAGUAGGAAUUAAGCAGAAAGAAAUUGUCAAUAAAAUAAUAGAGAAGUUCCUUUUCGGUGAGUUUGUUGUAAUGCUGUUUCACUAUGAUGGUAUUGUGGAUGGAUGGAGGGAUUUUUCUUGGAGUGAUAAUGUCAUCCAUGUUUCUGCAAUUAAUCAGACAAAAUGGUGGUUUGCAAAAAGAUUCUUGCAUCCGGAUAUAGUUGCUGAUUACAAUUAUAUAUUUCUUUGGGAUGAAGACCUUGGCGUUGAAAAUUUUGACCCAGAAAGGUAUUUAUCUAUUGUUGAAGAAGAGGGACUUGAGAUCUCGCAACCUGCGCUUGAUCGCCAGCAAUCCACUGUGAAUCAUCAACUCACUGCUCGUAGAACCGGCUCAAGAGUCCACAGAAUGUACCAUAAAUUAAGAGGCAAUAGAAGGUGCGACGACCCUAGCAUUGCUUCUCCUUGCAUUGGGUGGGUAGAGAUGAUGGCCCCGGUGUUCUCCAGGAACUCUUGGCCCUGUGUAUGGCAAAUGAUCCAGAAUGACCUAAUUCAUGCUUGGGGCUUGGAUAGGAAACUUGGCUAUUGUGCACAGGGUGAUCAUUUAAGAAAUCUUGGAAUAGUUGACGCCGAAUACAUAGUUCAUUUUGGCCUGCCAACUCUUGGUGGCUCAAAAAGCAAUCAGGGCUCUCGUACCGAUCAUACUAGAACCAAAGUUAGGAUGGAAUCAUACAGGGAAAUGGAGACUUUUCAGAAAAGAUGGAAUAAUGCUAUGAAGAAGGACAAAUGUUGGGCAGAUCAAUAUGCACAAACGACAAAUCAGAAUAGUACAUAAGCUAUUCAUUACUUUAUAAAAUGGUGUAAAUAGGAAAGCAAGGAAAAAUAAGUGUCCAACGAAGGUUGAUUCACUACAUAAAUAUACAACUCAUACCUCACAAUGUUGUGCAUUUAAACCAUGUUGCUGAUGUGAGAACCUCAGUGGAUAAUCUGUAAAUAUCUCUUAAGCAUUCUUUGAGAUA